AUGCUGGGUUACAUCGCUGCCCUCCUCCCUCUCUGCGUCCUCGUCUGGAUUCCCCUCUCAAAUGUAAUAUUUGGCACUCCACAGAAACAAAAACCCUCGGACCACCAGAAUGUUUUAUUCAACAGUUCUUUUAUUGCCACAGACGAACCCCUAUCUUGUCCUCCACACAACUACAACACGUUCAUCCUAUCUCAAGAACCUUUGAUCAUCUAUAUUGAGAACUUCCUUACUGCUGAAGAAUCGGCCCAUCUUAUUAGCAUCAGAACGCGCAGUGAAGAUAAAUGGGCCGCCUCCACAGUGACUUCUGGCACUGAGACAUCGAUUCAGAAAGACAUCCGAUUCUCUGAGGUUGCUCUCGUCGACCGUGAUGAAGUCGUUCGUUGCAUUGAGCAUCGAUCCCGUGCUUUCCAGGGAUGGCGUCCAGACCUACAUAUCGAAAGAUUGAGGACGCAGAGAUACGGAUUGGGAGGUCAUUAUAAGCAUCACUAUGAUUGGAGUGGUGGAAGUAGAGAGGCAGAUCGUGUGAGCACGUUUAUGGUGUAUGUUGAUGCUGAUUGUGAGGGAGGAGGAACCGAAUUUCCAAGAAUGAAGAUGCCAAAUGUGUUAAAGGGGAGGUGGUGCGACUUUCUCGAAUGUGAAAAGAAUGGACCAGAUGGUGAUGAUGAUGGUGGUGGUGGAAAGGGCGACGAUUUUGGAAUCACGUUCAAGCCGAUCAAGGGCAAUGCGGUAUUUUGGGAGAAUCUAGGAGCAGAUGGCAGAGGGUAUGAGCAGACUUUCCAUGCCGGUUUGCCGGUCUUGAGAGGACAAAAGGUCGGGCUGAAUAUCUGGAGCUGGGGACCGGCCCGAAGGACUUAA